UGACAUGCAGAUCUGUCGUUUAGACGUACGUGGAGUUGUACUUCUUCAGGACGAGAACCCUUAGGUUGAAGAGGAAUGACUUGAGGUGAGUGUUCAAAGGACCAGAGGGAUCUUUUGCAGUAAGGAGAACUGUUUCAGUCACUUGACCUCCACUCCGUCGGAGGACGAUGAUCCACACAUGAACCAAAACCUCCUGAAUCUGUAAGAACAGACCACCUCUGGAGUUUCUUUUACAAAGUGUUCAGAACUAAGGAAGGCAUCCGGAGAGACUUCCUGUCUAGACCUCCGCUAAAAUGACCAAGAAAACCCUCCUACUCUCAAACAUUACCUGACUUGCAGUGUGUGCACUGAGAUCUUGAAGGACCCGGUGUCUCUGGGCUGACCCGGUGUCUCCACAGCUUCUGUUCCAGCUGUCUCCAGGACUUCUGGGCCCAAGCUGAGAACCAGAACUGUCCUGUCUGUGAGAUGAUAUCCUCAAAGGAUCUAGUCAUUAACUUUGCCAUGAAGGUGCUCGCUGACUCCUACGCUGGAAGACAGAGGUCUGACCCCUCUGAAGAGGCCCAGGUGGUCUGCACUGAGCACUUAAAGGAUAUCAAGUGGUUCUGUAAGGACGAGCAGAGAGCUGUGUGUCAUGUGUGUGAGUUCCCUCACCACCAGGGUCACACGCUGGUUCGUCUAGAAGAACCAGUCCAGGAGCUGAAGCAGCAGCUGAGACCUGACCUCACGGCUCUACAGGCCAGGAGGAGGAGACACCAGGAGCUGGAGGAGACGUAUGAGGCCAUGGUUCCUCACCUCAAGGAACAGCGGGUGAAGACCGAGAGGCGGAUCAGAGCAGAGUUUGAACAGCUUCACCGGUUCCUGAGAGAGGAAGAGGAGGCCAGAGUGGAGGCCCUGAGAGAGGAAGAGGAGCAGAAGAGGAAGAGGAUCCUCCUGGAGAGGAAGACCCUUCAGGAGCAGAUCCACUCUCUCUCAGCUAUAGAAGCAGACCUGCAGAAGGACGGCCUGUCGUUCCUCAGCGCUUCCACACGCUCCCGGACCAGCGCCAGAACCCUGCUCUCCGGUUCUGAUCCCCAGCUGCUUCCUGGAGCGCUGCUGGACGAGGCCAAACACCUGGGAAACCUGGCCCACAGAGUCUGGGAGAAGAUGGGGCAGAGGACCACCUUCAGUCCCGUUACUCUGGACCCAAACACUGCAGCACGCCGGCUCUCUCUGUCUGAUGAUUGGGCUUUAGUUGAAUACCCCGGAACGCAUCCGGAGAGACUUCCUGUCUUGACCUCGGCUAAAAUGGCUGAGAAAAUCCCUCCUCUCAAGCAUUUCCUGACCUGCAGCGUGUGCACUGAGAUCCUCAAGGACCCGGUGUCUCUGGGCUGUCACCACAGCUUCUGUUCCAGCUGUCUCCAGGACUUCUGGGCCCAAGCUGAGAACAAGAACUGUCCCGUCUGUAAGAGGAAAUCCUCAAAGGAUCUAGUCGUUAACUUUUCCCUCAAGGAGCUCGCUGACUCCUUCGCUGGAAGACAGAGGUCUGAACAAGUCCAGGAGCUGAAGCAGCAGCUGAGACCUGACCCCACGGCUCUACAGGCCAGGAGGAGCAGACACCAGGAGCUGGAGGAGACGUAUGAGGCCAUGGUUCUUCACCUCAAGGUACAGCGGGUGGAGGCCGAGAGGCGGAUCAGAGCAGAGUUUGAACAGCUUCAACGGUUCCUGAGAGAGGAAGAGGAGGCCAGAGUGGAGGCCCUGAGAGAGGAAGAGGAGCAAAAGAAGAUCCUCCUGAAGAGGAACACCCUUCAGGAGCAGAUCCGGUCUCUCUCAGAGAGUCUCUCGGCUGUAGAAGCAGACCUGCAGAAGGACGGCCCGUCGUUCCGCAGCGCUUCCACGCGCUCCCGGACCAGCGCCAGAAGCCUGCUCUCCGGUUUUGAUCCCCAGCUGCUUCCUGGAGCGCUGCUGGACGAGGCCAAACACCUGGGAAACCUGGCCCACGAAGUCUGGGAGGAGAUGGGGCAGAGGACCACCUUCAGCCCCGUUAUUCUGGACCCAAACACUGCAAGAGCCCGGCUCUCUCUCUCUGAUGAUCUGACCAGCGUAAGACGUAGCGAUGUAAUCCAGACGGAUCCUAACAACCCAGAGAGGUUUAAUGAGUACGCUGAGGUUCUGGGUUCUGGGGGCUUCAGCUCAGGGGAACACUGCUGGGAGGUGGAGGUGGGAGACCUUCCUAUCUGGACAAUAGGUGUUGCUAAAGAGUCAGUGGACAGGAGAGGAGUGUGUACUGCUUCACCAGCUAAUGGAACCUGGUGUUUACUCCACCGCAGUGGAAAGUACACUCAGGGUACUGGUAAAACCCUGACAUUGAAGAGGACUCCAGAGAGGAUCAGAGUCCAGCUGGACUAUGAUGGAGGGGAGGUGUCCUUCUACGACCCUGAAGACAUGACUCUCAUCUACACCCAUCAACACACUUUCACUGACAGCCUCUUCCCUUGGUUUGGUGUUGGAGAAGCCGGUGAAGCCCGGACCAGAGCUGUUAGAGUUUAUGGUGUCUCCUCACACACUCAGCUUUAGAUUGACCUGUGUGUGUGUGUGUGUGUGUGUGUGUGUGUGUGUGUGUGUGUGUGUGUGUGGUUGUGUGACUUUUUCAGUUAUGUUUGCCUGCUAGAGUCCCUAGUAUAUAGAAACAUAGAAUCACAUAUGUAAAUAUCAUAUAUAUAUAUAUAUAUACAUAUACAUAUAUAUAUAUUUACAUAUAUAGUAUCGUGCAUAUAUAUGUAUCUAUAUAAAUAUAUUUGUAUCUAUAUAACAAGUAUAGUAUCAUAGACGGUAGAGGAGGCUAGUGAAGGUCUCAGUGCAGCCUGUGGAUCAUUAACAGUGAGGGGUGUGGGGGUUUUCUCGUUAACUGGUAUGAAUGGUUUCUGUACGUUAAAUGUUGAACGAGGGUCUGUAAUAGAAACACACACAGAGAAACCAAUAAUAUUGUUAACAUAACUCAGUCUGCUGACACAAAACUAAGAAUCACAUGUGAAGAUUACAAUCAUCUAUCAAACGAUUGGUUAUGUAAUUCUAUUACUUUUGGUUUUAGUCAAUGCUGUUCAUUCCUGUCUGUGUAUUAGUCUACCCUCACUGUUUGGGACGUAUCGGUUUAUACAUAUUCACACAGGGUAUAGAAAGGUGUUAAGGUUUAAUUCCAGGGUUCAGAGAUGAAAUCAAUGAUAUAGAACAUAAUAAUGAAUUAAUUAUUGUGGUAUUAAUUAUUAUGAAUUGUGAUUAUUCAUUCUUUAUUCGUUAUUUGGAUCCCUAUUCGCUUCCACAAAGUGGUCGCUAGUCUUCUUGGGGUCCACACAGAAAGCGACAACAAUUAAAAUGAACAAUAAUACAACAUUCAGAUCACUGUGAUUUCAUUCCUGUUAAUCAAUUAAAAGUUAUUUCUUACAAUAAA